AUGGUGCUGCUGGAGAGGGAGCAGUUCCUGACAGAGCUGACCAGCCUCUUCCAGAAGUGCCAGUUGUCGGGCAGCGUGUUCAUCACCCUGAACAAGUAUGAUGGUCGAACUAAACCCAUUCCAAGGAAGGGUUCUGUGGAGGGCUUUGAGCCCUCAGACAACAAGUGUCUGUUAAGAGCUACCGAUGGGAAAAAGAAGAUCAGCGCUGUGGUGAGCUCCAAAGAAGUGAAUAAGUUUCAGAUGGCUUAUUCAAACCUAUUGAGAGCUAACAUGGAUGGGCUGGAGAAGAGGGACAAAAAGAGCAAGAGGAAGAAGAGCAAAGCAGCGCAGUGAAGGGCACCAGAUCUCCCGCUUUCACCAGCUAACCCCUGAACUGCUGUUUUUCCUUUGGUUUUUACUUCUGGCCACAAAGCUGGGU